CGCUCCCUCCCCCCUUCCCUCGGCCCCCUCCCCUCUCCUCCUUCUCCUCCUCCUCCUCCUUCUCCUCCUCCUCCUCCUUCUCCUCCUCCACCUCCUCCUCCUCCUUCUCCUCCUCCUCCUCCUCCUCCUCUCAGGCUGUGGUUUUUCUGUAUAUGUUUCUGGAGUCCUGAGCCUGGGCUAAACAAAAGCAGGAGGCUGACGGGGCUGCUGGAGUUUGCAGAGACACGGAGGAGGAAAGAGCUUGGGCUUUGCCUGCCGCCACGGCUGGGGGUGAUCUGGCUUCUGCUACAGCCCACCCCCUUUGAGAUCACUCUGGCCCGGAGUGGGGGUGGGGGGCAGCGGGGGGUGGGGGGGAAAGUUUGCAUUGCAAUCCCCCUGCCUUCCUCUCCUUUCUCCCGAUCAAUGCAUAUUUGCAAAAGGAUUAAGCCACAGAUUUAAGCGCCGGGAGCCCAUUUCUGCCUUGCAAAGGAGAUCGGACUGAAAAACCCAAAGGCGGCUCUGAUUUCUUUUCGCCAAGUGGGAAGGUGGUUUAUUUUUCUUGCUUUUUUGGAGUCAACACCCUUCCCCACCAGCCCUUAUCCCCACCCUCACCCCGCAACCCCUUCACGCCCCCCUCCCCCUCCCCAUCCUCCCACCAUCCUCUAAAGAGGCAAAGAGAUUUUUUUUUUCCCCUUUUGGUCUUCUUCUUCUUUUUUUAAAACCCUGGUCCCUGUUUAUCCUGAAAAGGAUUUGAAGACAGCUUGAAGGAUAAAAAGCCUCGGUGCUUCCCAGGCGCCGAUCCGAGGAGCCGAAGAGGAAGAGCCGGGGCUGCCGGAGCCUUCAGAGAUGGACGAGCAGCCGAGGCUGAUGCAUUCCCACGCUGGGGUCGGGAUGGCCGGACACCCCGGCCUGUCCCAGCACUUGCAGGAUGGGGCCGGAGGGACCGAGGGGGAGGGCGGGAGGAAGCAGGACAUCGGGGACAUUUUACAGCAAAUUAUGACCAUCACAGACCAGAGUUUGGAUGAAGCGCAGGCCAGAAAACAUGCUUUAAACUGCCACAGAAUGAAGCCUGCCUUGUUUAAUGUGUUGUGUGAAAUCAAAGAAAAAACAGUUUUGAGUAUUCGGGGAGCCCAAGAAGAGGAGCCCACAGACCCCCAGCUCAUGCGACUGGACAACAUGCUGCUAGCAGAAGGGGUGGCGGGGCCUGAGAAGGGCGGAGGCUCGGCAGCGGCGGCGGCGGCAGCGGCAGCUUCUGGGGGUGCAGGUUCAGACAACUCAGUGGAGCAUUCCGACUACAGAGCCAAACUCUCACAGAUCAGACAAAUCUACCACACAGAGCUGGAGAAGUAUGAGCAGGCAUGCAAUGAAUUCACCACCCACGUGAUGAACCUCCUUCGAGAGCAAAGCCGGACCAGGCCCAUCUCUCCGAAGGAGAUCGAGCGGAUGGUGAGCAUCAUCCACCGCAAGUUCAGCUCCAUCCAGAUGCAGCUGAAACAGAGCACGUGCGAGGCCGUCAUGAUCCUGCGCUCCCGGUUCCUGGAUGCGAGGCGGAAGAGACGGAAUUUCAACAAGCAAGCCACAGAAAUUCUGAAUGAAUAUUUCUAUUCCCAUCUCAGCAACCCUUACCCCAGUGAGGAAGCCAAAGAGGAGUUAGCCAAGAAGUGCGGCAUCACAGUCUCCCAGGUAUCAAACUGGUUUGGAAAUAAGCGAAUCCGGUACAAGAAGAACAUAGGUAAAUUUCAAGAGGAAGCCAAUAUUUAUGCUGCCAAAACGGCUGUCACAGCCACCAAUGUGUCAGCCCAUGGAAGCCAAGCUAACUCGCCCUCUACUCCCAACUCAGCGGGUUCUUCCAGUUCUUUUAACAUGUCAAACUCUGGAGAUUUGUUCAUGAGCGUGCAGUCACUCAAUGGGGAUUCUUACCAAGGGGCCCAGGUUGGAGCCAACGUGCAAUCACAGGUGGAUACCCUUCGCCAUGUUAUCAGCCAGACAGGAGGAUACAGUGACGGACUCGCAGCCAGUCAGAUGUACAGUCCGCAGGGCAUCAGUGCAGAAUCUCGCCUGAGUUCAUAUCUUAACUACCGAUCUGUCUUUGCGAAGGAAGGCAAGGCUAAUGGAGGUUGGCAGGAUGCUACUACCCCUUCAUCAGUGACCUCCCCUACAGAAGGCCCUGGCAGUGUUCACUCUGAUACCUCCAACUGAUCUCCCAGCAAUCGCAUCCCGGCUGACCCUGUGCCGCAGUUGGGGCAGGGCCAGGAGGGAGGGUUUCUCUCCCAACGCUGAAGCGGUCAGACUGGAGGUCGAAGCAAUCAGCAAACACAAUAAGAGUCUCCUUCUCUUCUCUUCUUUGGGAUGCUAUUUCAGCCAAUCUGGACACUUCUUUAUACUCUCUUCCCUUUUUUUCUGGGUAGAAGCCACCCUUCCCUGCCUCCAGCUGUCAGACUGGUUUCUGUCAUCUUCCCUGGCCCCUGCUCUCUGUUAUAGACGCCCGGUCCCUGCCCUCUAUGACUUCACUGAAGGAUUUUUUUUUCUUCCACAAUUAGAGGAAUUUAAAAAGGAAAAACAAAUUACAAAGAAAACAAUAAACGCAUUUGUAUGUUUUCAUGCUGGUGGUUUGAGGAGGCAAAUUUACCUCACUAGGAGCCCUCAUCCCUAUGUUGACAGGCAAUCCUUCUGUCUCCCUUGUUACUCUCACUACCUCUUAGCAGGAAUACACCACACUGCCCUACUCAUUCCAAGCCACUCUGUCUCCAUUUUCCCCUUCUUUCUGGGAACAAUCCUGAUUUUUUCCUCUUCUUUCUGGCCCCAGGUGUUUUUUGGGGAUGGCCAUAACUGGGCUUCUAAAGGUGCCACAUAUCCCAAUGUAGUUCCAUCAGGUUGAGUCCUAGGCAGGAAGUCUGGCAGGUAAGGGCACAAAGAACAGCAAAGGCAGAGCUCCUAUCAGCUUUCUCAUCCUCUUAGAAACAGCUCUUGGUCUUAGAGGCACAGUCUAUGAACAUCCAACCAUUCAAUGUUCAGAACCUCAGGCAAGCCAGGUCUAAGAGAGGCAUCCUGAUGAGGGUGUCUAUAAAGAGUGAAGGAUCUCAUCUUGAAAGGCUGCACUGUCCCUUCAUAGACAUACACACACAUAGGUAACACACAGGUGGACACAUGCACAACCUUAUAGUUUUGCUUGGCAGGAUGCUAGUAACCUUUCAUCAGUGACUUCUGCUACAGAAGGCCCUGGCAGCGUUCACUCUGAUACCUCCCAGAUGGUCUCCCAGCAAUCAAAUCCUGUACAUUAGCAAGCAUAGUGCUCUACCUGGUGAGCCCAAGAGAGGAGCAGUAUGUGGCUAAGGCUUCUAGGACCCACUAACAUGUACUUACCACAGUAGGAUGUGCAGGACUUCAUUAACAUGGGCCAGGAUUCAAGAGUAAACUGUCUUCAUUCCUACCACCUCUGAAGCUCUCAGGGAGCCACACACAGGACUUCCUAUAUCUAUGAUGGAUUUGGAUGCUUUGUUUGUGUUUUUUUAUUAUAUUAUCUUUUCAAAAUACUAUAGUAAACCAUGGUCUUCACUCUGGAUUCUUCCUCCAGAGAAGAGAAUCAUAUAAGUAUAUGGUUAACUUUUACUAAUUAAUUUGAAGACAUAAGAAUCAUGGAGUAAGGAUGAUGAAUUUGUUGUUGUUGUUGUUGUUGUUGUUGUUGUUGUUGUUGAGAUAUCAACAGUGAUCUAUCUAUAAUGCCAAGGGAUCGACAGAAAAUCAGUUACUAGAAAGGUAGUCUUGCUUUUGACAUGAGCUUAAAUUCUCCAGAUGGUUCUGCCAGCCAUAAAGAUGGCAGCUUUGCCAGUAGAUUAAGUGGCAAGUGGUCAGAUAUCUUUGGGGCCUCAUGCACUUCCUCUGUAAAAUGGGAAUUGUUAUCCAUGGCUCACCAAGGGUCUUGUAAGAGGCCCAAGAAACUGAUCUUGCUUGUAUUUAAUCUCCAGGUCUGAUGGUCAGGGAAGGCAGUCUCCCUAUAAUGAACAUGUCAUGCUAGGUCAGAAUAAUACAUGGUUUUCUUGUUCUAAUUUCUACUUGUUCUCAGUACCUUGAUGCCAUCACCAUCAUGAGAGUGUUUCAGAGGCUUUCUGCUCUGAUUUGGUUUUGGUCUGUUUGUCUUCUUAGGAUAGAGAAGAGAUUCAAAACUAGAGGAGUAGAACCUGGUUUUAUUAGUUUCAACUUGAAUCCAGUUAUGAGACCUUGCAAGUCCUUGUCCCUAUGACAACUCUUCUGCUUCAGGGACUCCCAGGAAGAAGUACAAGAGCUUGAGGGCUGAGAGACAAGCCCACAGUGCCAAACACAUUCCACAUGCAGUGAUAAAUAGGAGACAUGCUUCAUGUGUGUUUGGAGGAGUUGGGCCUGUAUACCUGGAACCUGGGGGACUGAGUAUUUGAAGAUAAUGCAGAACAGAAUUGUUUGGCAAAUGUAAAUUUGUCCAGCUGACCCCAGUCACUAGAAAGACUGUCAUCUAACCUCUGCCAUGCUCAGAACGCGUGCCUAGAAGGGACAAUACAAGUGUGUGUGUGUGUGUGUGUGUGUGUGUGUGUGUGUGUGUGUGGUAGUGAUGAGAACCGGUGAUUUUUGUCUUUGUGGCAGGAAUACAUUGAAACCACUCUCAGAACAAUGGUUGGACCACAUCAUUUUCCAUAAAGCACAUUAUAAGAUUUGCUGAAGGGUUCUCUUGGAAACAAGAGUGACCCCAGCUCUGGAUGGAACACAUGAAGGGACAUGAGUGGAUCAGGCCACAGCAGUGCCACCCUCACAGAAUGCUUCUCUCUAGGCAGUGGCUGUGCUGAGAGGCCCACCUACCCAGCACUUCAUUAGGCCUCCUGAAGGUUCAACAUGUAGCCAGCAGUCUGUUCUCCAUGCCCACUGUCACCUCCAAUGUGGCAGCCACCAGAUCUCUGUGGUCAAGCAAGGCUAGGGAAAACUGGCAGCCUCCAGAUAGAAGUGGAAAGAGUGUGCCUCUAAAAACUUGGCUCCCUAUGAUUUCAGGUCAGGUCAACUUUCUAGAUCCCAAAAAAUCUGUGCCCGAGAAUUCUUCAUAGUCUUUAAGUACAAGUGGGAGUUCUCUGUCUUCCACAAUAGCAAUUCUCUCUCCCUGAGAGAUGGUAGCAGACCUUGGGGUUGCUACCGUAUAGCUUGUUUAUCAUCGCCUCUUCCCCUUAGAGUAGAAUGGACUUCUGGGUAGCUGUUGAGCCCACAGGCACCUUCUCUCCACUUCCUUCCCUGUGGUAGUAGUAUUAAUUAUUAUUAUUUUUUUAUUAUUAUUUUGAUUGCUUUUGCCCACACCUGUCUUCACUUCUUUCUUCCUCCUCUUUAUUUUUUUCUGCCCAGAAAAACCUGACUUCGAUACCAAAAAAAGAUAAAACUACAGAAACUCAAAUUUAAAAAAAAAAGAAAAAAACUCUUAGAAAAAAAAAAAAGAAAAAAAAGAAAAAAAACCUCAAUUCUUUCAGCUUUAUUAACAUUUUCCAUUGUUUCUUGCGAAUUGUGUCUCGUUCUUUGUAGUAUUGAUGAUGAACAUUUGAUAAUGAAUGUUCUUGUAUAUUCAGAUAAAGAAAAAAAAAAACCAAAAAAGCGGUCUGAAUUUAAUAGUGUUUAUAAUAAAAAAAAAUUUAAAAAUGACCCUCAUAGCACGCAAAACAGGAAGGGGAAGUGUCCCUUCUUUCUGUGACAAUACACAUCAUUCCUGCAUACUUUUUUUUUUUAACACCAAACUACCUAUGUUCCUCAUUUCUCCCGUUUUUCUUUUUAAUUUUCUUGCAUUUGUGAAUUAGUUCAAGAAUGCUAGAAAAGUGUCAAGGUGUGUACAUCCAUUUCUUCUCUCACGAUGUUUAAAAGUGACCGUACUUCAUUUUGUAAACUAAGAAAAAAAAAAAAGAAAAAAAAAAGAAAAAAGGAAAAAAAAAAAGGUUGGAAUAGUGUGAACAUAAUAGGUUCAACCUAACACAUGUUUAUUAAUUUUGAGACCCAGAAAUGAAUUCUUCUCUUUAUUCCUGCUCUUAAAAAUACAAAAAAAGAGAAAGUUUUGUUUUGUGUUCUUUUUUGGUUUUGUUUAUUUGAGGGGGGGUGCUCCUUUUCCGCUGUUGGGUUUGUGGGUCUUGCUGGGUUUAUUCUUACGUAUGUAUACAGGGUGAUGUGAAAAGAGGUACCUGGGAGAGAAGGCUGCUUCCAUGCUCUGCUUUGCUUCAGUCCAUGUCAAAACCAUCGAGAAAGCUCAUGGCCUCAUGUCCCUGCUUUCUUGCAUGCCCGGGGUGUGUGGCACUCUGGUAGUCCCUGAGAUAACAAGACAGGGACUUCCUUCCUUAAAUACUCAUCUUUUCUUAUAUUGAAAAGAAAGGCUUUUGUUGAUUCUGAUUGUCCCAACCAAGGGUUUUCUUUCUCCCUGAUUAACUUCAACAGUCCACAAGUAUGCUUCCAACAAGACAGGAUCUUUCUCCAGGCAGAAAAGCACUGCUGUGGAGGGCACCAUAACCCAGUAGAGUAGAUCUGUGAAGCAGGCCCUGGGCCCAUCUUCUUGGGAUCCAGAGUCCCCGUAUUCUGUGUGCAGUGUGGGUAAAGUGAGGAGCCUGGGUCAAGGCUGCAAUUAGAAUGCUAAGAAGCUAUCUUUCAAUUGGUGCCACUUGUUGCUAACCUCUGGUGAGGUUAACUCUUUAAAUUGCCAGGUGGGCUUCAUCGGAAAGUCUGUAUUGGUCAUAGGGGAAAAGAAAGCCAUGUGGUUGGACAGACUUUCAGUUUCAGACAUUGCUCAUUCAAACACUCAGGUGUUCAGAAAGCAGACAGAAUUCCAACCAGAUAUGUAAAGAAGACAAGCGUGAGUAGUGGAGCUCUGCUGUAGGAAGCAGUCCACCUGGAGACAGCUUAGCUCUUGUUUCUGUGUCCUAAGAGAUGAAAGAGAUGAAAGGCACCCUUUUCACGUCACCUUUGUGGUUUUCAGCCUAGCUCAAAGCUUUCUGGAAACUUUUAUUAUUUUAUUUUAUUUUAUUUUAUUUUAUUUUUGUAAGCUACUUCUUUCCCUUUCGUUAAAAUAAAUAAAACAUUGAAUGUUUUGCCCUCUUUCUCUCUCUUUCUUCUUCCCUUUGGGGGUUUCCUUUUGAAGUGUGUUCCUUUGGUUGUUGGUUUUAUCUCCCCCUCACUUUUUCUCCUUAUUAUUGAGAGUAUAAACCUGCAAAGCUCAGCUCUACUUUGGUUUUGAAAGUUGAAGCUUCUCUGCUUCCGUGCGAGCACAGGCCUCUGUCCCCUUCGAUUGCAGCGGAACGAACGUUUGUGUUCUCUAAUGAUACUAACACGAUGUAGGUUUUACAGUCUCCUAAUUUGUACUGGUAAUGCAGAUUCCAAAUAAAUAGUUUCUUUUGUUGCAAAAAAAUAUAUAUACACA